GUCUGUGAUCAGAUGAAGCUGCUGCAGAGCUGCUGGAGUGAGCUGCUGGUUCUGGAGAUCAUCUCCAGGAAGGUUCUUUACAGCACGGAUGGUGACCAGCCACUCAUCACUGGACAGCAGGUGGAGCUGUCAUGUCUAAUCCCUGACGGUGGCCCUGUGUUUGCCAGCCUGGCCCAAAGAGGGGCGGAGCUAGUGGAGAAGCUUUGGAUGCUGAAGGUGGAUCAUCAGGAGUUUGUCUGCACCAAGUUCCUAAUCCUGUUUAACCCUGACGUGAAGGAUCUUGAAGAACAGCAGUUUGUGGAUAGAGUUCAGCAGCAGGUUAAAGGAGCCCUGAUGGAGUACAUGAUGACCACCUCCUCUCCGCCCUGCAGCCGUUUCCCUUCUCUGCUGCUGUGUCUUUCUGAGCUCCGCUCUCUGAGCAUCCUGGCUGAAGACUACCUGCACCGCAGACAUCUGCGCGGUGAGGUGACCUGCAACAACCUGCUGAAUGAGAUGCUGCACGCCAAGUGCAGCUGCACAUGA